AUGAGUUCCACGACUCGGGAUAACCCCGCCACUUUACCAGAUACUGGUUUUGACCAUGGCGGCGACGCUUCUGCAGUAGACGCUCCACAUGGAACUGUAGGUUCCCCUGCGCAUCGAGCAAAGCCGGAGGAGGCCGGUGUAUCGGCACAAGCUCAUGCCGAGCUUGUUCAAGAGGUGCGGUCCCUUCGUGAGGAGAGGCAGACGAUGAACUCCCGGCUUAAGUCCCUGGAAGAGAGUCGAACCCGAAUGCAGGGUCAGCUUGACCUGUUGGCGCAGAUGCUUCGUCCCGCGACAGUGCCAGUGGGCUCGGCGCGAGCGCUUUAG